UAAGUCAUAAUUCUGAGGUUAUAAUCUUGCAUAAUAAUUCAGACUUUGAACUUAGAGCCACGUUUAAAGGAGUUACAAAAAAAAUAAGCCCACCGUUGACAUUUAAUUAAAAAUAAUUGAACGAGAAUAGUUGAAUAUCUUUAUUGAGCGAGAAUGGCGCGUGUGCUUGUAGGUGUAAAAAGAGUAAUAGAUUAUGCAGUGAAGAUUCGUGUCAAACCAGAUAAGUCUGGAGUGGUUACGGAUGGUAUUAAACACUCGAUGAACCCUUUCGAUGAAAUAGCUAUAGAGGAAGCUGUCAGAAUGAAAGAAAAGAAAAUUGCCCAAGAAGUGAUAGCAGUCAGCUGUGGACCAGCUCAGUCGCAGGAUACAAUCAGAACUGCGCUCGCCAUGGGUGCAGACCGUGGAAUUCACGUAGAAAUAUCUGGCCCUGAAUACCAGACGUUGCAGCCCAUUCAUAUCUCAAAGAUAUUGGCAAAAUUGGCGCAAGAAGAGAAAGUGGAUUUGGUAAUACUCGGCAAACAAGCCAUAGAUGAUGAUAACAAUCAAACCGCACAAAUGACUGCCGGUGUCUUGGAUUGGCCAGCUGGAACAUUUUGCAGCAAGGUUGAGAACAAUAAUGGUGAAUUAACUGUUACACGCGAAAUUGAUGGUGGAUUAGAGGUAAUCAAGAUGAAAACUCCCGCAGUCUUGAGCGCCGAUCUUCGCUUGAAUGAACCGCGUUACGCGACUUUGCCAAAUAUUAUGAAAGCUAAGAAAAAACCCAUUAAAAAGAUAACUCCGAAAGAUCUCGGAGUAGAUACAACGCCGAGAAUCGAAAUACUCUCGGUAGAAGAUCCACCAGUUAGACAAGCUGGUGCUAUAUUACCGGAUGUCGACACCUUGAUAAGCAAAUUGAAGGAAGGCGGCCACGUUUAGUCGACUCUUAUACAGGGUAAUUAUAAAAAGUAUGAUAAAAGUUUUUAAGCCUUGUUAUAUUUUAAUACUUCCUUUUGUAUAUAGCAUAAUAUUUUUGUACAUUAUCAGAAUUUGUAUAUGAUAUUUCAAUAAAUUUAUAUCACGCAAAUAGAGAA